CGAGCCGCUGGCUCAGGCCCCAGAGGCCCGGAGAGGCCCGGAGAGGCCCGGCCCGGCGGCGGCGGCGGCGGCGGCGGCGGCGGGGCGGCCAUGGCCGGGGGGCCGGGCCCCGGGGACCCCGCGCCCCCCGGAGCCGAUCACUUCUUGUACGAGGUGCCGUCCUGGGUCAUGUGCCGCUUCUACAAAGUGAUGGACGCCCUGGAGCCGGCCGACUGGUGCCAGUUCGCUGCCCUGAUCGUCCGCGACCAGACGGAGCUGCGGCUGUGCGAGCGCUCGGGGCAGCGCACGGCUAGCGUCCUGUGGCCCUGGAUCAACCGCAACGCCCGAGUGGCCGACCUCGUGGACAUCCUCACGCACCUGCAGCUGCUGCGGGCCCGGGACAUCAUCACCGCCUGGCACCCACCCGCUCGCUCUGUGCCCCGCAACACCCUCACCCCGCCGUCCGGCAGCGCCUCUGGCCCCGAGGAGGCUGUGGCCCCCAGCUCCCAGAAGGCGCUGUCCUCCGCGUCCACCCUCCUCUCCCCAGUUCUUCCAGGCCGGCAGGCCCACCCUGACUCAGCCUCAGCUGAGCUCGGCCCCCGCCCCAGCCCUACCUCCCUGAGGCCCUCUCCAGCAUCUCUGGCCCCUUCCACUGCCAAGUCCCAGCCAGGGAAUCCCGAGGCACUUCUGCUCCUGCAAGAGACCCGCCCCUCUCCGUUCUGCUGGCCCCUGCACGAGAUCACCCAGGGCACUCACAACUUCUCAGAGCACCUCAAGAUUGGGGACGGAGGCUUUGGGCGUGUGUACCGGGCAGUGAUGAGGAACACGGUCUACGCCGUUAAGAGGCUGAAGGAGGAUGCAGACCUGGAGUGGAGCACUGUGCGGCAGAGCUUCCUAACAGAGGUGGAACAGCUGUCGAGGUUCCGACACCCCAACAUCGUGGACUUUGCUGGCUACUGUGCUCAGAGUGGCUUCUACUGCCUGGUCUAUGGCUUCCUGCCCAGCGGCUCCCUGGAAGACCGCCUGCACCUCCAGGCCCAUGGCCCUCUGUCCUGGUCGCAGCGGCUGCACGUGCUUGUGGGCACCGCCCGGGCCCUCCAGUUCCUCCAUCAGGACAGCCCCAGCCUCAUCCACGGAGAUGUCAAGAGUUCCAACAUUCUUCUGGAUGAGCAGCUGCUGCCCAAGCUGGGGGACUUCGGCCUGGCCCGCCUGAGCCGCUUCUCGGGGGCCACCCCCGGCCAGAGCAGCACUGUGGCGCGGACCCGCUCAGUGCGAGGCACCCUGGCCUACCUGCCCGAGGACUAUGUGAAGACGGGCCGGCUGGCUGUGGACACAGACACCUUCAGCUUUGGCGUGGUGGUGCUGGAGUGCCUGGCUGGCCAGAGGGCAGUGCUGACACAGGGCACCAAGACCAAGUACCUGAAGGACCUGGUUGAGGAGGAAGCCGAGGAGGCCGGGCUGACCCUGAAAAGCACACAGCAGGCAGGCAUGGCCGCAGAUGGCUGGGCCGCCCCCAUCGCUGCCCGAAUCUGCCAGAAGCACGUGGACCCUAGGCCCGGGCCGUGCCCCCGCGAGUUAGGCCUGCCACUGGCCCAGCUGCUGUGCUGCUGCCUGCAGCGCCGGGCCAAGAAGAGACCGCCCAUGACGCAGGUGUACGCGAGGCUGGAGCAGCUGCAGGCAGCCCUGAUGGGCCCGUCCCAGGAGCCAGAGGCAGCCCUCAGAGGGCCCCCGUCCCCACAGGAGAACUCCUAUGUGUCUGCCGCGAGCUGUGCCCCGAACACUGCCAGCCCACAGCAGCCCCUGACUGUGCCCUCAGAGGUCCCGACCACAGCGCGGCUCCAGAAAGGCCCCAACCAGCCAGAGGAGAGCGACGAGAGCCUACCCGGCCUGUUCACAGCCCUGCGCUCCUGGCGGCUGGGUCCCAGCCGCACCCCUACCCCUGCCCUGCCAGGCAGCCCUGGGCAGGGCACCUCGCCGUGGGCCCCGGCACCCCUCGGGCCAGCCAGCCAUGAGCCAGGAGGCGCUGCACAGGCUGUGGAAGGCUCCCUCCCGGGCAGUCCCUCGGCCCCACGCAUCGUCAUCAACCCGGCGCGGCGGAAGAUGCUGCAGAAGCUGGCCCUGUAUGAGGACGGGGUCCUGGACAGCCUGCAGCUGCUCUCAUCCAGCUCCCUGCCAGAUCUGGGCCUGGAGCGUGAGGGCAGACAGCGGCCCGAGGAGAGCGAUGAGUUUCAGAGCUGAGCUGGCACUCGAGCAGACCCGACCCUGCACUGGAAGUCAAAGUUCUCACUGUGCCCUCCCCACAGGAGCGGUCCUGGGCUGGGCCCGUGCGCCGGGUCGGCAGUCACCUCACAGAGCUGUCUGAGUCCGCACCCAGAGGAGGUGAGCGGGGCGGGGGCACAGUGCCCUCUGUCCUGCACAGAAGGGACGGCGCGCUAUUCCGAGCUUGCCCACAAGGAAAGUGAGAGCUCUGGGAUGCCCCACCCGGCCCGCAGCGACCCCGUCGGGCCAGGUGCUGCACAUGGGCACUGAGCCAGGGCAAGCUCGAGGGCUGUGGCACCAGGAGGGUUCCUCCCCAGGCCGGGCUCUGGCCGGCCAGCAGCCCAGAGUGGUGGGAGCAAGACAGGGGAAGGGGACUCACUCACUCAUCAGAAGCCAGCCAGGCCUCCCGUCACCAAGUGUCUUAGAAGUCAUCAGGGCCGUGGCACGUCCCAGCCUGGCGUCCAUAGUCAGCAGUCACACUACAUGCCCUGAGGCUUGGCACUGGGAAGCCUGCUGGCCCCGGAGUAAUAAAGCUCACCUUCUGACCCUGCCUGUGCUUGUGGGCUGCGUGACACUGACAGCCGGGUGUCCGCACUGCCUCAUGCCCGCAACACUACUAACCCGAUCCCAGGCCAGCUUUUAGCCUCUGUUUUUGAUGUAUUUUAGAGAGAGUGACACCACAACACUAGGAUAGGGGAGAAAGUGACCAUAGCACCAGAAUGUCCUCCGCUGUGGUAGGGGCCAGGCUUGAACCUGGGUCUCACAUAUGGAAAAAAAAAAAAAAAAACCAAAAACACUAUCUAAGUGAGCUAUUUCAGUGAACCUUCUUCUUUAUUCCCUUCCUCUCCCUCUCUCUUUCUCCCUUUCUUCCUAUCUUGCUUACUCUUUUUCUCCCCUUCUUCUUGCCUGCCUGCCUGCCUGCCUGCCUGCCUUUUUUCCCCCCUUUUUACCAGAGUUCCGCUCAGCUCUGGCUGAAGGUGGUACUGGAGAGUGUACCUAAGACCUUUGCAGCUGUCGGGCAUGAAAGUCUUUUUGCAGAACCAUUAAGCUGUCUCUUUAGCCCUUUUCUUUUAAAAUGUUUGUUAGCAUGGGAGAGGGAGAGGGAGCCAGAGCAUCACUCUGACUCCCGCGAGCACAGAACUCAAACUCGGGACCUCACGCUUUGAAGCGCAAAGCUCUAGCCACUGCACCACCUGAGCCACUCGUCCUUUAUUUUGGAGAGAGUGGGAAGGAAGCAGAGACUUUUGGGAAAGGAGAGACACCAGAGCACGGCUCCACGAUCCACGGAGCCCCCAUGCCGGGCUAUCGGCUGCCCACAGCCGCAGAGGUGAAACGCGGGGCCUCAGCACGGCGACCGGUGUACACUGCCCACUGCGCCUCCUCUGGCCCAUGGCGGAGCUGCAGGCGGCCCACCUCCUGGAGGCCCGGCUCUGCACCUGCCGUAAUGCCCAUGCUCGGCACGGCCACCGUCCUGCCCUGCUCCCGGCCGUCCCCGGUGUCCUUCCACACAGUUGCUUCGCUUUAUUUGCUGUGCUCGCUGGGCCAACCGCACCGGCUCUCCGCAUCCUGCGCUUCCGGCACUGAGCGAGCAGGCCGUCUGCACCCUCAGCUCAGCUGUGGCUUGGCCGCAGCCGCUUUCCCCACAGGGUUCUUCUCCUGCCUUCUGUCCCUGCUGGGGCCUCAAGGCAGCAGGGGUGCAAGUGGCGAAAGCAGAAAGCAGACAGCGAGGCUGCUCCAGGUGAGAGAGAGCGCUCCGCGCUCCCGCCCUACGCCGCCACCAUCGGGUUGGCCAGGAGGUCUCACUGCCUGAGGGCCUGAGGACAGCAAAGGAGGCCUUCUCAUCACCAGUCCAGGCCUCACCAGGAUAGCUUUCAAGGCGCUUGUCCUGGAGUUCAGCUUCAACCCUGCCUGCGCCACCACUAAGCUGUCCAGUGACACUUCCUGUCCCCACGGUGACUCUCUCGUGGCAGCCGGGAGCCAGCUUUUGGUUUCACUGAUCCCUCCCCAUGGUCCGUGCUCUCCCUCUGCUUGCUGACGUUCAGUCUGCUGUCUUCGUGCAGCUGCGUGGUGUGUAGCCCAAAAUUAUUGGUGUCGAAGCCUGGAAGAGCACUUACGUGGCAGACAAGACUUUUUUCUUUCUUUCUUUCUUUCUUUCUUCCUUUUUUUUUUUUUGCUACCAAGGUUAUCACUGGGGCUUGGUGCCUGCAGAGGGAAGCUUCAUGAGCAGAGCAGGAGUGCCAUGUUGUCUUUCAGACUCUUAACUCAUGCUCUUUCUAACAAGAGGAGUCGUGGUCCAGGAGGUGGGGCAUUGGUUCAGCUCUGAGCUUGCACACACAAAAUCCCGAGUUUGAUCCCUGGAACUGCAUAUGCCGGAGUAAAGGCUCUGGCCUGCCUCUCUCUCGCUCAUGAAGUACAGAAAAUAAAUCUUUUUAGGGCUGGUGAAA